GCUUAAUUUCUUUUGUAGUAAUUUUGAAGGAUUCUAAAGGGCGCAGAAAAAAUAUGUGCACAAUGGAAAAAAAUUUCCGAAGAAAGAGAGGGAGAUAGUUAUGUAGGAAGCGCUUUCACUGCGACAAACAGGUUAUGACACACAUUCACGAGACCCUUUCCUUCACGGCAUACCGAACAGUAAUGUGAUUCUCUCCUUGCUUUCACCGUUGACAGCAAGCACAGAGACGAAUCGCUGUGUCUAAAAUGUUUGUGCAGUCGAUUAAAUGUGGAUUGUUUCGGAAAUGUGGAGUACUCUUGACGCACAAGAAUGGAACAGCUGAUCAGCUAGCGCCCGUUGUUCUACAAAGACUUCUGUUCGAUAAAACAUAUCAUGUAAGCAGUGGACGACUUGGUGCAGUUAAACUGACACACAAUCAGAAACCAGACUGGAACAAAGCUGUCUCCGAAGCAGAAAAAAUAGUUGGAUACCCUACCUCAUUUCUCAGUUUACGGUGGCUUUUAAGCGACGAAAUUGCUAACGUUGCUCUCCACCUCAGGAAAUUAGUGGGUUCAAACCACCCUCUGCUGAAAACUGCUAAGGGUUUGUUAUACAAUGGUCGCAAUAACAUGCAAGCCUGGGGACUAAUUGUACUGCUAAUUUCCAAAGCUGCAGGACAUUUGAAUGUGGAAGAAAUGGAGGAAGAUAAAGCAGCAGGGGUUCUACACAGUCAGCGAGCCUUAGCAGAAGUUACAGAAAUGAUCCGCACAAGUCACCUGGUCCAUAAAGGCAUGGUUAAUAUAUAUCCUGGCCUUUACCCUGAAGCUGCUGAUCUGGGUGAUAUGACUUUUGGCAACAAGAUUGCUUUGCUAAGUGGUGAUUACUUGCUGGCUAAUUCUUGUAUGGAGCUGGCAUCUCUGCGCAAUCAAGAUCUGGUUGAGUUGAUGAGCAGUGCUGUGAGAGAUUUAGCUGAAGCUGAAUUUGUGGGAAGGCGAGACAAGCAGAACAAUCCAUUACCUUGGCCUCCAGGUUCUCCAGGUUAUCGUGAUGCUGAAGAAGACUGGACAAUACGUAAUGUGCUUUCUGCUGGUAGCUUGCUUGGCAAAUCAUGUCAAGGAACACUCAAACUUGCGGGACAUGGACCGCAACUGCAGCAACAAGGGUACCUCUUUGGCAAACACCUUGCACUUGCUUGGCAGGCAUGCCUUGAUCUUGAACCUUUUGCAUCACAUUAUACACCAGAUUCGCCCUUUAACUUGACAUCAGCACCUAUAUUGUUUCACUUAGAACAUGAUGCGACACUUUACAAGGAAAUAGAGAAAGGGCAUGAAUCGGUGCUGAAUGUUGAUUACACCAAGGUACACAGCAUUGUCCAAAAAGGACCUGGAAUCAAACGUACAAAACAACUUCAAAAAAAGCACUCCCAGAAAGCAAUGGAAGUUCUAAAAGUGUUUGAUGAAAGUGAUGCUCGUACUGCACUGUCAAACAUUAUAGUUGCUAUGGGUGAACUGUAAGUGUAUGUACUGUGGAAAAAAAGUAAAUCAGUGGAAAAAUCAGGAUGGAGACUCAUUAAUGUUAAGAGGCAAAAUUGGGUCUGUUCUUGUGUUAUUCCUGGAGGAGUACUUCUUCAUGGAGCCUUGCAGUUUGUGAUUUUUUUCAAAUGUGUUAGGCACCCCUACAUGUGUAUUAUCUAUCUUCAUGCAAAUAAGACAAAAAACCUGAUAAAAUAUGUAAGACACAAAUAAUAAUAGAUCAGAUUUUAACAUCUAUUAUUUCAAUUUAAAGUGAAGAAGUAACUGAAAACUGGCAGUGUAAAUUAUGAAAAUAAUUCCUGUAAUGUGAAGUAUGUCAGUCAGUUGUUGGUGGCUCACCUCCAUUGUGAAAACUUGAAGAUGAAAGUACUUAAAUUCUGCAAUACUAAGAGACUUACACAUACAGUGCUCAAUUAAGUGAGUCAGUAUGAGGAACCUGUUUUACAGCAAUAAAAAAAAAUUUUAUAUAUAUAUUUUAAAAA